AUGAGCGAUCCCCACUCGAAGCAAGCCAAAGGCGAAGCGUCGGUCACCUCCGGUCUGACCAAAGUCAGCGGCAAAACCGCUGUCUCUUCCGGCGUCUUGAUCGGCGUACCUAAAUCGAAGAAUUUCAAUGGUACGAUCAUUCACAGCACGAAGACUGGUGUCUCUUCAGGUGUUAGAGGCAAAGCCGCUGUCUCCUCUGGCGUCAGGGGAAAAGCCAUUGUCUCUGCCGAAGUGAUGGCUUUCAAAGAUGUGAAAUACGGACCUCAUGACGGCGAGCUGAGGUUUCGGUUGAUCCACUUUUGGGAAGCUCGAACUGUUGUGUCAAAGGUGCUUAUCGGUCUCGAGAUGCUUCUCAUCGACCAAGAGGAGACUGUCAUCCAGGGUUUCAUCCCAGCUGGGAGGAUAGAUACUUAUUUGCCACACAUGAGAGCUGGUGGCAUUUACAGACUCAACAGUUUUUUUGGGUCUAACAACAAGACUUUGUAUCAUGUUGCGGAACCAAGUUUCACCAUCACAUUCUCAUCGACUUCUGUCCUCUCUGAUCUAACGGACAGUCCGGUUUAUUUCCCUGAGGACCGGUUCCGGAUCCAUGGAUAUGAAGAGUUCGAUGCUGCCUAUUAUGUUGGCCACAUCAAGCUUGUGAAUGGGCAGGUUCUCAGUGAUAGUCUCAUGCUAGAUGAUCCCGAGAUAGCUUCAUCACGCCGUGUCCUACUCCAUGUUCAAACACAUGAUGGUCCGGUGAUGAAGUUGUACCUAUGGGACAAGGCUGCCUCGGAUUUUAGUGAGAAAUUUAAAGCAUCUGGAGGAACCGCACGUGUUGUUUUAGUCACUACUUUAAACCCGAAACGAUUUGGAGGUGCCCUAGCUCUCUCCUCUAUGAUGCCAUCACGUGUAUUUUUGGACACUGAUGUUCAAGCAACCGAAGAAGUUAAUGCAGAAGUUCUCACUAAGACUGAGACAAUGACCAUAGGCGAGCUCUUUUCCUAUAUGAAGCAGGAAGAUGCCAAGGUUGCUUGGUUUGAGUGCAUAGCAACCAUUGCUGAUGUUGCACACGGUUCAUCCUGGUAUUACAUAGGCUGUGGUGGGUGCAACACUAAGGCAACCAAAGGGCCUACCACCCUUAUGUGUAAGAAAUGUGGGAAAACCGAUAUUUACCUGGCCAAGAUCUCCGUGCAUGAUAAUGAUGAUCAGGCGUCUUUUGUGCUCCUCGGUGAUGCUGGACAUGAGUUAUCUGGAAGGAAAGCUUCAGAGUUGGUUGCGAGUUAUUUCGAGGCUAAUGAGAAUGUAGAAGAUGACCACUUGGUUCCGGUACCUCAGGCUCUUAUCGGUACCAUUGGACAGACUCGCAAAUUCAUUGUGAAGGUAUCAGAUCACAAUUUGACAGGCAAGACCCAAGCUUUGACUGUGACAAAGGUCCUCCCCCCAGAAGAUCAAGAAGUUGAAGGCAAUUUAGAAGGAAAUAUGAUUGUACCAGAAGCCCAAGAAACUUUGCAAGAAACUUUGCAGAAGGGAGUUGCUGAUGGUGAUCCUUCCACAUGCAUUGGGAUAGUGAAGAAGGCUGCUGAUAAUGUUGAGGCAGAAGAUCCCAAGCGAGCCAGAUGUGGCUAG